UCUCAGACUCGCAGUCUGCCACCAACCAUGGACAGGUGAAGAGUGUUGCGCCCCUCCCGCCACAAUAUUGGCCAUUAAAGUUGAUAUUUUAACUGAGAGUUCAACUUAUAUACUUUGACUGUGACCUAAUAACGUUGACGCGGUGAUAACUAUUGUAAACACACUUAAAAUCCUUUGAAACCCGUGAAUAACAGUUUAGAAUUUUAAGAACUAUUUCACCUUUCCAAACUGUCAUGGAAAUGUUGUUCAGCAAGUAUGAGGACGACUAUGGAAGAGUGAAGACCUCAUCAGCCAACAUGAGCAGCAUGGUGUCCACAGAGAGAAGUGAGGAGCCAUUACCUGUUGUCUCCACUCCUGUCAGCAUACAACUUUGUCUCGACAACUGUUACCAUUACAAGAAACACCUGCUACAAGUUGAUCUUUUUAUUUAAUCCAAAUUCUAAUAUUUGGUGAAAAAACAUAAAGCCACUUGAUUUUUGAAAUGAGAUACUGUACCAAAAUUUUUAACAAAAUAUAAAAUGUGAAAUGAGAAGGAAAUUUCACUGAGUGAUGAAAAUUCAGAUGGAAAAUAAAGUCUUUGUUACAUGGACUUAUGAUGCUGGGUGAUUUCACUUUGUAGUGCUGUUCUACCUCAUUUGUGAUUUCAGUGUCAUGAAAAACAUUUGAAAUUUUUUGCUUCGAUUAAGCAUCAAAAUAAUAGUUGGUGGUAUAUAUAAGAUUGAAGUAUCGGUGAUCCUUUGUAGUGAUGAACAAUGGUUUGCUAUAAUAGCAUUUGUAUAUGACGAGAUGGCCAGCUGGUAUCCUGACAUAGAAAUGGAGGAAACAGGUGUUGGUGGACGAGGAAGAGGGAAUGGAGCAAAUGGCACUAAUGCACGGGGUUGUAUUCGCCCACGACAUUGUAAUGGAGCUUCUUACAGAGACUCCGGGGAGAUCAAGUUCUGCAUAUCAGAAUACAAGAAUGAUGCAUUCCAGAUGAUGCUGCUGAUGAAAAGCAAUCAGAUGUUGACUGAUGUUAAACUUGAGGUUGGUAGAGAAAUCUUCCAUGGCCACAAAAUUGUUCUUGCUGCUGCCAGUCCAUAUUUUAAGGCCAUGUUUACUGGUGGUUUACGUGAGUGUGAGAUGGACACAGUAAAGCUACAGGGUGUGUGUCCCACAGUACUGGCUCACCUACUGUGCUUCAUGUACACUGGGGAGAUUGUCAUUAACGAGAUGCUUGUAUGUCAGCUUCUUCCUGCAGCCACCAUGCUUCAGAUGAAUCAUGUAAUUGAUGCAUGCUGCACGUUCCUAGAGCAGCAACUGGAGGCUGGGAAUGCCAUUGGAAUUGCUAAUUUUGCUCAGCAACAUGGCUGCAUGGAUUUGUAUCAUAAGGCCAAUACAUUUAUUGAGCAACAUUUCUCAGAGGUUUCGUUGGAAGAAGAAUUUUUGAAGUUAUCGAGUUACCAGUUAGUGAAUCUUAUACAGCGAGAUGAGCUGAAUGUACCUGAUGAGAAGGAUGUUUACAAUGCUGUUCUUAAGUGGGUGAUGCAUGAUGAGGAUAAUAGACAACCCAAGAUGGAGCUUAUUCUACAGGCAGUCAGAUGCCAGUAUUUAUCCCCUCGAUUCUUGACUGAUCAGAUGAAAAAUUGCAAGUUGUUAAUGAAAGCUCCUGCUUGUAGGGAGUAUCUCGCCAAAAUUUUCCAAGAUUUGACACUGCACAAACCUCCAUGCCAGAAGGAAAGAACUCCCAAUGCCCCUUGUGUCAUAUACCUUGUUGGUGGAUACUCCAACCGCCAGAGUUUGGAUGCCUUAGAGUGUUAUGAUGUAGAGAACUGUCAAUGGACACAGCUCCCUAAAUUACCUGUUGCAAGAUCAGGCUUAGGAGCAGCUUAUCUUCGUGGAAUAUUUUAUGCUGUAGGUGGUCGAAACAUUCUGCCUAAUGGUAACUACCAUGACAGCAAUUGGGUAGACUCAUUUAACCCAGUAUCAAAUACAUGGAAACAGAGAGCCAGAAUGAAUUAUGCACGCAAUAGACUAGGAGUGGCAGUGCUUGAUGGUCAAUUGUAUGCUGUUGGAGGCUCAAAUGGUGCUGACUGCCAAGACACUGUUGAAAAAUAUGAACCAGACGAUGAUCAGUGGACUUUAGUGCACUCUAUGGCCAAGGCCAGAAUGGGCGUUGGUGUUGCAGUGGUAAACAGACUAAUGUAUGCUGUCGGUGGUUAUAAUGGUGAACAUCGGUUAAACUCUGUUGAGUGUUACCAUCCUGAAAAUAACCAAUGGACGUUUGUGUCGCCGAUAAAAAUUCCAAGAAGUGGUGCUGGGGUGUGUGCACUUGGUAAUAAUAUAUAUGUGAUUGGGGGUUUUGAUGGACAGCAUCAGCUGUGCUCAGUUGAGAAAUAUGAUACUGAAACUGACAGUUGGUCAUCAGUGGCUCCAAUUAAAACUCCUCGCUCGGCCAUGACUGUCUCUGUGUGGGAUGGAAAAAUCUUUGUAAUGGGGGGUUAUGAUGGCAGUCAGUUCCUGUCUUCGGUAGAGAUCUACGAUUUCUGUCGAAAUGAAUGGUCAGACUGCAAGCCACUGCCUUGGGGUAGAUCGGGCCAUGCCUCUGCUUCGUCCUUUCAUCCUUGUCUUCUGCACUCAGAAGCAAGAUAACACAGGCUCUAUAGUUUUAGAGAAAUAUUUAUGAGUGUCCAUGAUUCUGUUCUUAGACAGGAUGUUGGUUCCUGAUUUUGUAUUAUAAUUAUUUCCUGUUUUUUAAUAAUAGAUUUGGAAAAAAAAGGUCUUGCCACAACAAUUUGAUUCUUAUUUCAUUAAGAUUUGAUAAUUCUGCACAGAUUGUAGAUUUUGAAUAAGUUUAUACUUACUGUAUACAUAAAUUUUUGUACCUUCAUGUUUUCAUACAGGAAUUCUGUAUACACUAUCACUAAUUAUUCCUCAAUGGAUCCUUUGAAAUGUUUGCUUUUAUUUUACAGUUUUCAAAGAAUAUCAUCAUUUCUUAGCCUCUUUUAACAAUCAGUACGUAUUGUGUUGAAGUUAGCCAUGUUAAUAUAUUUUACUACAGUAUUUGCAAAGCAUAUGGCAUUCUCAUUUAUACAAUAUUUGGGUUUCAGUUGGCUAAUUAAUGUAGUUUUCAGUUUGCUCUUUAUUUUACAGGACAUCAUUAAAUAUGUAUUGUAUUAAAUUUUUUCUAAUACAGGUACUUAAAUAAUGUUUGGGUAUACAGUACAGUAUUUGAACAUUAAAGUUUUUGUAUGUGUACACAUAAUUGUAUCCAGCCCAAAAGGUUAACUACCCUGUACAGUUGAUCCUGCUCAGUCUACGGGAUGUGUUUUUAUAAAGAUCUGAACACCCUUUCUUGUUUGACAAUUAGUUAAUAUUCAGUUUAGCAGCGUUCAACUAACUGGGGAAAACUCGGGAGGGAAGUCGGAAAAACUGGGGAUUCUGUGCUCCAAGUGUGCAUCAUUACAAUACUCUAAUGUGGCUCAGAAGUAAAGAAAAUAUAAUAUAAAACUAUAAAAUAAGAAAAAUGAAGAGCAUAAGUGUAUGUUUGGGAAGUGAACAUAUGUAUUGAGGCAGUGAGCUGUAACUGCAGCUAGCCGCACACUCCCUCCCCCCAAGUGACGGUAUAGCAUACACCCAGCAGUCAUAUACAUCUCUUGAAUCAGCUGGAUGACUGCCCGGCUGAAAUGUGUCGCGUGUAUACUGUACCAGUAAAUGUGAGGGAUAAAUGAAAUAAUAAUAAUACAAAAAUAAAAGGAAAAAAUAAUGCUUUGACAUUUGGUUUCACUACACACUGGGCGUAAGAGACAGAGAACAGCCGAGAUCCCCCGUGCCUCACCCCCUCUCCCCAGAUCUGUGUGCUAACUCCCGCAGACAUAAGAAAUGUUUUUUACCUUAUGGUAAUUUUAUUUUUGUUGCACAUUCCAUACGAAUGAUUGUGUGUGCAUACAACAGAGUAAAAAAGAGAAAAACCUAUACAGUAUCUACCUAAAAUUACUAGUUAAAAAAUAACCAUAACAUAGUUGACAGCUUAGCCUCACCUGCUCUGAGUGCUAUUGAGUGGCAAAUCAGAAUCUUUAUGAUAGUUUUUAGUCCACUGCCUCCUCAAGCCCAUGCAUAUGAGCACUUUCCACACACACACACACUAAUGAUCUUAAUUUUUCUUAUAUUAAAGUUUUAUCUUAUAUUUUCUUUAUUUCUAGGCCACAUUAGGGUAUUAUAAUGAUUAUUCCACAACUUCUAUAGUUUCAUUACAUGUAACAAUGGCAACAUGCUAUCUCUAUGGAUAUUAUUUCUUGUUACCCCUUGUUUAGCGAUAAUUUCAAUUAACGUUAGGUUUUUCUGGAACUCAUCUCCGCCAUUAAACGAGGAUACAGAUCCUGUAUUCAAUUUGUUUUUUAGACAUACUGUAAUAGUAUUUUAGAAAGAGUAGCCUAUAUGAUGCAUUCAAGAGUCAGAAGUGUUAACUUUUAAUGGCUGUAAGCAGUGCUUUUACAGUUGAUUCAGUGAAAAACAUCAUCAUAAAUUGUAUGUUUAACAAUUUACAACAUAUACAGGUAUACCCCGAUAACCAACGCAUAUAGGGACUGUGAAAAGUUGUUGGUUAAUGAAUCGAUGGUUAUUGAAGCAAUUAAUCCCAUUAGAACAUAACACCUACGGGGGGUUAGGGACCGGUCACCCUCCCGUCUACCCUUCAUAUAUCUGUGUCGUGCACAGUCGAGCAAGAAAAUAAAGCAGACAAAGGAAGCAAGAAUAAUAAGCCUAAAUUGAGACUGUUACAGGUAUAUUACCUGUGUUGACCGUUGAGUCGACAUUCCUCCUCAAGGUUGGAGAAACAUGUUGGUUGGGGUAAACUUAUUGGGUGAAGGGUGCAGGGUCAUCAGGGUCCCCAAACCCAGUGAAUGCAGGUGGAGACUCUUGCUGAGGGGCAGGCUGAUGCUUUUGCUUGCGUAAAAGGGUACAGACGACCGAGGAAGUUGGUGGCUGAGACUUAGGAAGAGGCUUGAAGAAAUCGGUGACCUUGGCCUGCUUUGCCUGCUCUUUUUUUUUCGUAUGGGGCUUAGCCCACCCAGGCACAGGUCACUGACCCACAUCAGGCCCUGGGGACUGAAAAAAAAAUUAACCAAACAUAAAUGGAGAAAAUUAAACAAAUCAAGAGUG